AUGUCUCCACUUCAGAUAGUCAAUGACAAGCAAUUGAAUACACGAUCGAAUGCAAAUGUUCAUACCCCAGUGAAGCAGCAUGCUAAACGUCCAGAUCUGGAGAGGGGUCAUCAUGACUACAACCGUCAGCCGCCGCAGAAGCGGAAGAAAGAGAAAUUAUCCGCUCUCUGUAAGACACCACCAUCUUUAAUUAAAACGAAAGGUCGAGAUUACCACAGGGGCAUUUUUUUAGGCGAAGGAGGCUUUGCUCGUUGCUUCCAGAUGAAGGAUGAUAGUGGGAAAAUAUUCGCUGCGAAGACAGUUGCUAAGAUUUCCAUCAAGUCAGAGAAGACUAGGAAAAAGUUGCUUUCAGAAAUCCAGAUCCACAAAUCAAUGAAGCAUCCAAAUAUAGUUCAAUUUACGGAUUGCUUUGAGGACGAUACGAAUGUAUACAUACUCUUAGAGAUAUGUCCUAACGGGUCUUUAAUGGAUUUAUUAAAGCAACGUAAGCAGUUAACUGAACCAGAAGUUAGAUACUUUACCACACAGAUAGUUGGGGCUAUCAGAUAUAUGCAUAGUAGGAGAAUUAUUCACAGGGAUUUAAAACUUGGUAACAUUUUCUUCGAUAAGCAUUUUAACCUUAAAAUAGGAGAUUUUGGUUUGGCGGCAGUUCUUGCAAAUGAUAGAGAACGGAAAUACACUAUAUGUGGGACACCAAACUAUAUCGCUCCUGAGGUUUUAACAGGGAAACACACAGGUCAUUCAUUUGAAGUUGAUAUAUGGUCUAUCGGAGUUAUGAUUUAUGCUUUGUUAAUUGGUAAACCACCAUUUCAGUCGAAGGAGGUUAACACAAUAUAUGAGAGGAUUAAAGUUUGUGACUUUAGUUUUCCUAAAGAGAAACCAAUAUCAUCAGAGGCUAGGGUGUUGAUAAAGGAUAUUUUAUCAUUAGACCCAUUAGAAAGACCUUCAUUGGCGGAGAUUAUGGAAUAUGUGUGGUUUAGAAAUGUUUUUCCUGCCAGAAUUAAUAGUGGUGUAUUAAGUUUUGUUCCGGAGUAUCAUGAUUUAGACUUACAGGAAUCUUUGAUUAACUUCAAAAAUUGUAUGGCAAAAUGCGGGUUGCUAAGCCCUUCCGCCGCUGCCGCUGCCCUAGCGGCGGCAUCAGCAGUAAAACCUUCUAUUGAUCCAGUAACAGGAGAAAUAGCAACUGCUACAGCAUCAACAGCAACCGCUGUUGCUUUUAAUAACAACCAUAACGUACUAUUCUCAAGGAACAAUAGCGAUAACUCAGAAUACAACAAAGCUGUUUUGCCGCACUCAUUGUCGCCAGGCGGUACAAGGUACAAAUACAAAGAGAUUGUUGAUGUAGAAACUCAAAGGAAAUUAAACGAUCUGGCCCGUGAAGCGCGUAUAAGGAGAGCACAGCAAUCUGUGUUGAAGCAAUCGCUAGUAGCUAGUUCCACGAAUUUUAUAAAAUCGGAGAUAUCGCUGCGAAUUUUGGCCAGUGAGUGUCAUAUGACAUUAAAUGGAUUGCUGGAGGCUGAAGCUCAGAAGAGAAUGGGUGGUCUACCUAAAUCAAGAUUACCAGAAAUUCAACAUCCGAUCGUGGUGACAAAGUGGGUAGAUUACUCAAACAAACAUGGUUUUGCUUACCAACUAUCUACUGACGAUAUCGGGGUACUAUUCAAUAACGGUACAACGGUUUUAAAGUUAGCGGACGCGGAGGAAUUUUGGUAUAUUAGCUACGAUGAUAGAGAAGGUUGGGUAGCCAAUCAUUACAGCCUUACCGAAAAACCCAAAGAGUUGAAUAGACAUUUGGAGGUUGUAGAUUUCUUUUCAAAUUACAUGAAUUCGAACUUAAGCAGAAUCUCAACCUUUGUCCGUGAGUCAUACCACAAAGACGAUGUAUUUCUAAGAAGGUUUACGCGCUACAAGCAAUUUGUUAUGUUUGAGUUGAGUGACGGGACCUUUCAAUUCAACUUUAAAGAUCACCACAAGUUUGCGAUAUCUCAAAGCGGUAAACUAGCAACAUAUAUAUCACCAGACCGUCAAAGUUUUACUUAUCCAACGAUAGAAAUACUCAAAGCGGAAAAAGUACCAAGCCAUCCAGAGGUUGGCUUCAUGGAAAAAUUUAUGUUGAUGAAAGAAGGUCUAAAACAGAAAUCAGGAAUUGUUUCAGUAGCACAACAGUAA